AUGAAGCAAAGAAGUGUGGUUACCUCCUUCUUGACUUACUCAGAGCAAGAGAACUCUUUUGCACAAGGAGAUAAAAUACUGUUGUUAAAACGAAGUGACAAAGUUCGUACUUACCAACACCGUUGGGGGGGUGUUAGCGGUAGUAUAGAAACUGGUGACAAUUCUCCGCUAGAACGUGCCAUAACUGAAAUUCAACAAGAAACCAAUUUAACACAGUCAGACGUGACAUUAGUUCGCGCUGGUAAACCUAUUAUCUGUAAUGCGGAAAAUUAUGAUACCAUUUGGACUGUUUAUCCCUUUCUUUUUCGUUUAAACUCAAAGGAUACUGCAAAAAGGGUGAAUAUAAAUUGGGAACACGACACAUUUCAAUGGAUCCAACCAGAAGAGUUGAAUUCUUUUGACACUGUUCCGAAAAUAGCGGAAGCCUUUCAUCGAGUGUAUCUGCCUGAAACUGCACACAAUGAACUCAUGUAUAUGUUAAACAAUAGAUCUUCUGGCGCUCGAGAAUUAGCCGAGAAAGCGUUGGAUAUAAUUGCCGAAAUAAUCAAAGAUAAAUCAUGUCAAAAAUUUGCACAAAGUCCCAAAGAUCUGUAUUUAGCGUGGCUCAACAUAGGAUGGCAUAUUUGCCAAGUUAGACCUACCAUGAAGGCUUCCAUCACUUUUACUGUCGUGAAUUUGAUGCAACAAAUCAGAAAAAAGGUUUUAGAGGGUGACUCGUCGAUUGAGUCAAUUGAAAGAACUUCGUUUGAUAUUAUUGAAAAAAUGAAAUUAGGUUUCAAAGAAGCCGAACAAAGGAUCAACCAAGCAUUCGCGUCGGCUCUGGUUUCUCACAAGAUAAUUGAUUCCUUACACAUUAUGACCAUGAGCUAUUCUUCUACAAUAUUUUCUGUUCUUUCCAACUAUAUCAGUAGGAAUUUAUCCUCAGAUAAUCCUUGUAACAUCACCAUCACAAUUAUGGAAUCACGUCCUUUAAAUGAAGGUUCUACAUUUGCGAGAAAAUUGUCCGCUCUACUUCCAAACGCGGAUUAUAAAAAUCAAUAUGUUAAAAUUCAAGUAAUUACAGAUGCAUCAUGCGAUUAUUUCAUGCCUACCGUGACACAUGUUCUACUUGGAUCAGAUAAAAUUUUGAAAGAUGGAUCAGUGAUAAACAAAAUGGGUUCGGUUCCUUUGGCAUUGGCAGCAAAACAUCACGGAAAGAUCGUGUUAGUGAUAUCAGGAACUGACAAGAUAGGUGGAGACGAAGAUGAGACCAUGGAAGAGAAAGAUGCAAUCGAGAUAACUCUGUGUUAUGCGAAAGAAUGGAACGAUGUGGUAAGGGAGAAGGGAGUUACAGUGAGGAAUGUGUAUUUUGAGAAAGUCGAAGCAGGUUUGAUAGAUGGUUAUGUCACCGAAGGAAAAUUGGAAUUACUUACAGUUGAAGACAUACGAUCGUUGUGGGACAAGAGGAAAUCGAUAGAGAAUAUUUUCAAUGAAUUAUCUCGGUCAUAA